GUCGCUCGGCAAGAGUUACGACCUCUCCGGCAAGGUGAUGCUGCUUGGAGAUUCAGGUGUGGGGAAGACCUGCUUCCUCAUCCAGUUCAAAGAUGGAGCCUUCCUCUCUGGGACCUUCAUAGCUACUGUCGGGAUAGACUUCCGGAAUAAAGUGGUGACCGUGGAUGAUGUAAAAGUGAAACUGCAGAUUUGGGACACGGCCGGUCAGGAAAGGUUCCGGAGUGUAACACACGCGUACUAUCGUGAUGCACAAGCUCUUCUCCUCCUUUAUGAUAUCACCAACAAAGUCUCCUUUGACAGUAUUCGGGCUUGGCUCACAGAAAUCCAUGAAUAUGCCCAAAAGGAUGUGGUUAUCAUGCUUCUAGGUAAUAAGGCUGACAUGAGCAGUGAGCGAGUUAUCAGAACAGAAGAUGGGCAAUCUUUAGCCAGGGAAUACGGAGUGCCUUUCAUGGAGACUAGUGCCAAGACGGGUAUGAAUGUGGAAUUGGCAUUUCUGGCCAUUGCAAAAGAGAUCAAGCAGCGAGCUGUGAAGCAGCUGGAUGAGCCCAAGUUCCAAAUCCAUGACUACAUUGAGUCGGAGAAGAGGCGGUCCAGCUGCUGUACCUUUCUCUGAAGGAAGAAGAUGCUAAGGCAGUCGGAACGAUCUACCGCUGAAGAGACCCAAGGAGCAAGAGGGCUACACAGGAGAUACAGGGAAGGAACGAAAUUUGGGGGAAUCUACUCCAAGGACAUUGCUUUUUAGAGAAUCCUGUACAUAAGAAGUAUAUGUGUCUGUUUUUGGUUGCCACGUGUGGAUGUGAAGGAAGAGUUACGAACGCGUGUGUGAAAGUGUGUGCAAAGGCAAUCAGGUUCUAUAGUAUUACUCAGGCCUAUAUCCUUUGCUGGUAAGAGGAAAGGCACUGCCCACACCAAAGGGAACCAAGCUUUCUUUUGACUCUUACAGCCCUGCUCUUUGCCUUGAAGAAAGAGGGAGGGUUGACUGGGAAGGGAAGGUCUCUCUCUUUCAAAGGCCACGGGGAGACCUUUAGAUAAAAUAAAAAGGUUAAUGGAGUGUAUUGCCCUAAAAAGCCAUGGUUUGUAUGAAUACUGAAACCAGCAGAAAUAUUCAGUAAAGUAAAAGCAGACAGAUUUCCUUUGACCUCUGGCCUUUCCUGCUUCCCACACCCAAAGAUCCUGCAAAGAGGGCCUUUUGCUUCUCCUCCCUUCCUCCCUCGGCUCAAGGAAAGGACUCCAGGGUGUAAGUGUGUCUUUUGUCCUGGCUGAAACGUCAAGAGAAUGCUGCUGACUGGAGUUAGUUAGGUGG